ACAAUCAAACUACAAGGUUAUAUGAUUAAUAUGCUAAUAUUUAAAAUUUAAUAGUAAAUGGACUAUACAAAAAUUUAACACAAUAAAAACAAAAAGUUUAAUAUUAAAAGAAUUUCAUUUAAUUUGUAGUAUUUGUCAAUGCAUGGCAAUUGACGUGUGUCCGAGUAAAUCAAAUAUAACAUUGAAAAAAAUAAGAAUAAAACUCUCUUGAAUAUACCUGCUACUUUAAAAUGUAUUAGAGUUGUAAAGUACAAUGAAAAUAUUAUUAAUUUUAAAAAAAUACAAUUGCAGAUGAACAAUAUUAAAAGAAGAAAAAAUAGUCAUUCUAAGAUAUAAAAGUGUUGAUAUUAAGAGACAUUAUCAUAUAUUAUUGUAUUUGUACUUAAAAUUUAAUAUUUUAGCACAAUUUUUAAUUUUAUUCUGAAAAUAUAUUUUGUUACUGAAAAUCAUACAAAUCGUACAAAUCGAAUGUAAAUCGUACGAUUUUUUAAGAUUUACGAUUUAUUCAACGAUUUGAAUCGAGAAGGAUUCAAAUCGAAUCGAAUCGUACGAUUUUGAUAACAAUGACCACCUCAACCAAAAGCUUAAGAUGCUAGUAAAAUGUAUCAUUUAAUAUUAAUAUCUCCAACAAAUAUUAUUAUUAAUUUUUUUUUUUGCCGGCAGUGGCCUGUCGGAGCUAUGGUUACCUUAGUCGACAUUAGUUAACUUUAACAUUAGUUGACAAAUGAGGUUUUUUUUUUCUUUCUUUUAUCCCUUUUUUUUUUCGGCGGCAGGUUGUUGGAGCUCUGGUAGCUGACUUUGCAUUAGUUGAGUUUGUGCAUUAGCUCACUACAAUAUUAGUUGACAUCCAACCGAUUUUAUUACAUUUUUUUUGAUAACUUUUUUCUUUUUUCGACGGCGGAUCGUCAGAGCUCUGAUUACAUGACUAAACAUUUGUUGACUUCAAACAUUAGCUGAUAUGUAUUAGAUGAUAUCCUACUCUUUUUUUUAUCCGACGGUGGAUCAUCGAUGCUACGAUUAACUGACUUCAGCACUCAAAAAAGUCGGAUGUCAUCUAUGCUUAUUUUGGGCACGUAUGAAAUAUUUAGUGUUCAGAGUGUUUAUAGUAAAAGGAGUAGAGGUCUAUAACUAAGAGUCUAACGUUGAAAACGAGUUUAAUCAAUAUCUAUAUUCUAGUAAAUCCAAAUUGGGUUGUUAUAAGAAUUCCAAUUCCAUAAGAAUUUGUGUAAACUGGUUUUUGUGGUUUUGUUUUUCGUAUAAUAUUCUUAUUUUAAUAAUGUUUUUGAGUUCUAAUAGGAUUUAGAGACUUUCAUAUUUAUAAAUAUAUACGUUUUGGUCUUCACAUAAAUUAUUGAUCUCCCUCUCUCAGAAAAAAGGAAAAAAAAAAAAUAUUGCGCUUCAAGUUCGUGACAUCAAAAAAGUUUACGCGACAAUGUUUUGUUGUUUCACCGGAAGCAGUAGGAGAAAAAACAAUGCUACUCCAAAGGAAGAGACGACGACGACGAAAAAGAAAGAUUCUGCUCCGCCACCGAAAGUCAAGCCUUCGACAGCGGCCCGAUCAGGAGGCGGAGGCACAACAACUGCAAUUUCAACUCCGAAAGAGAAAAAGAAAGAUUCUGCUCCGCCACCGAAAGUCAAGCCUUCGACAGCGGCCCGAUCAGGAGGCGGAGGCACAACAACUGCAAUUUCAACUCCGCAAGAAAAACACGGCUCGUCGUGUAAUUUGCCGAUGAUGCCGUUGCCACUUCUCAUGGGAACGUAUUCAACUGCCGUCGCGGCCGCGGGUAAUAACAAUUCCAACGUGAAUGACCAAACAAGUAAUACUAGUCAUAAUCAUCGUCAUCAUCAUCAUAAUCAUCAUCACCACAUUGGCAAUUACGGUGGCGGCCAUACUCAUCAUCAUUUUGGCGGCGGCCAUAGCUUCGGCGCCGGCGGUGGUGGCGGCCAUAGUCAUCAUCAUCAUCAUUAAUCUUUUUGUCAGCUAAUUACAGUUUUUCUUGGAAUUAAGGUUCUCCUUACAUAAAAGUUUUGCGUGUUUUUUUUAAAUUGUUUUCAACCUUGAAUUGACUAUUAUCCAUUGGAUAUUAAUUAUAGAGCAUUUAUUUUCUUCUUAAUUGUUCUUUUUCUCUUCUACCCACAAACCUUUUAUUUUUUUUCUUCCUUCAAAUUUGGUUACACGGGAAAUUGAAAGAACAUGAGUAAUUGUAAUAAUUUUUGUUUCUUUUUAUUUCGAUGCUUUCAAAUUUAACCAAAUAGCAAAAAAAGACAAAAGACGAGCUUAUUGCAUUUAUUACCUUUGUGAAAAUUGCAACUGCGCGUUUUUCCCUUAUCAUAAAAACUUAGCAAAUGCCCCCUGUAUUUUUAUCAUCAAAGGAGAAAACCUCCCUCAUCGCUUAUCGUGUGUCUCAAUCGCGGGUUCUGCGAUUUUUCUUCAUUUUUGUUGUGUGAAAUUGACAGAAUUGCCCCC